ACCUGGAAGACAUUCCUGACAGUAUUAAACAUCUUAAAUGCUUGGAGGUUGUAGACUUCAGUGUAAACCCUCUAACAAAGACAGCUCCAGCAUGGUUUGACAUGCACGCACUAGGUGAAUGUGAUGUGAUCCCAUCUCUCAAAAUGAUCAGUAAAGCUAAAAACAAUUAUGCUAAGGGUGAAAAAGAUGCUCUUAUUCUUGAAAAGAAUCUGAGCCUGGUCAAUCUGCAAUCAUUGGAAAUGCGAGAAAAUAUCCUGAAAAGUUUGCCUCCAUCCUUUGCCUUCUUGACUAAACUUGAGCAUCUUGAUCUUGGCAGCAAUGAAUUUGAAGAACUUCCUGCUCUUAUUGGUCAGUUAAGAAUUCUUCAAGAACUUUGGUUAGACUGUAACCGACUUUCCACCGUGCCAAAGGAAAUCAAAAACCUGAAGAAACUAAGCUGUUUAGAUAUCAGUGAAAAUAGAUUAGAAUUUUUACCUGAAGAAAUUUCUGGUUUGGAAAGCCUCACAGACCUUCAUCUAUCACAAAACUGCCUUGAAGGUCUUCCUAGAAGUUUUGGUGAACUUCGAAAAUUAACCAUAUUAAAGUCUGACCAGAAUAAAAUUAGUGCUCUACCUCCGGGGAUAGGCAAGUGUGUUAAUUUGCAGGAACUGAUAUUAACAGAAAAUCUGUUGUCAGAUCUCCCAUCUUCAAUUGGCAACCUUGUAAAGCUGGCCAACUUAAAUUUAGACAGAAACAGAAUUACCAAACUACCUUCGCAGAUAGGUAAUCUAACACAGUUAGGAGUGUUAUCUCUUCGUGACAACAAUCUCAGCUACCUUCCUAUUGAGAUGGGGAAGUUGAAGGAGCUUCGAGUGUUAGACGUUUGUGGAAACAGGCUCCAGUUUCUUCCUAUUACUAUCACUGGACUGAAUCUCAAGGCAUUAUGGCUUUCUGAAAAUCAGUCAAAACCGUUGUUGAAGUUUCAGGCUGAUGAGCAAGAUGGUAUGAAAGUUUUGACAUGCUUUCUCUUGCCUCAGCAAGAGCACCACAAACAAAACCUUCAGAGUCUACUCCAAGAAGAGUGGAAUCAUAAAGGAGGAGAGAGAGAAUCAGCUGUCAGAUUUUGUGACGAAAGUGAACAAGAGAAAGAACAAAAAGAGACUCAGUUUAUCAGACAUGACACUCCUCAUCCCAAAGAAAUGAAGGCAAGGCUUCACAAGCUGCUUGUCUAUAAAACAAAAAACAUUGAUGGCCAUGUCGUGUCCCAUGAUGAGAAUGAGGAUACUGUAGUGGAAAGUUUCCGACCUCAUCGUGCCUCAGCAGAUGAGGACACAGUUGAUUCAAAAGAACCAGUUGUCGCUAACCACAUUUCAAAUGAGGAAGGAGUGGCAACUUCGUCACAACAUGUUCCGAGAGAUGUUGAAGAACUUAAAACGAUUGAUCAACCUAUUCCUCUGCCAAGACUAUCCAAGCACAAAAAGGAAGAUGUCUCAGAAAGUCACGAAGUUGUGAACCAUAUCCAGUUGAUACAAACUGAACCUGAACAUGCACGAACUGUAACAUAUAAGGCUUCAACCAACCCUCAAACACCCGAUGAUGGUAUUGUUGCACAGCAUGAUUUAGAUGUUGAAGUAACAGAUAACUUCAGAGAGGAAGACACACAGGAAGUGAAUUCUGCAUCGGAAGAGUCUGAUAUCACCAAUCACCCUAGGAAGGUAAUUCGUGAGAAUGAGGAACGAAAAGUCUGGUUUACAUCCGAGACUGAGGACCAACCUGAGUAUCAACUCAAACUUCAUCGCAGAGAUACUCCACACCACCUGAAAAAUAAACGUAUCAACCCUUCAAAAGAAGAUGAAGAAAAGGUUUCUCAGCUUCUGGCACAGGCAAUGAAAAAGGAGGAGGAACCACUUCCAUCGCCUCCACCUUCCCCUCCUCAGCAACGACCACUUACCCGACAAACAGAGACAGACAGAGAUAGUAUGAGAACAUCAACACCUGGAAGCUCUUCACAGCCAACUUCACACCCUGUAGCUCUUACUGUAGAGGCAGUCGAAGAAGCACAUAGUAUAUUCCUCCGUAGAAGUUCUGCAGGGCUAGGGCUUAGUAUCGCUGGGGGCAAGGGAUCCACACCCUACAAGGGAGAAGAUGAGGGAAUUUUCAUCUCCCGCAUCACUGAUGGAGGUCCAGCUCAUCAAUCAGGCUUGAAAAUCAGUGACAAAGUUCUAAUGGUAAAUGGAGUGUCUGUUGUGGACGUGGAUCACUAUGAAGCCGUAGAAGUCCUAAAGAAGGCAGGAAAUGAAAUUAGACUGGUGAUUGUACGGGAAAUUCCAAAAUACUAUAGCCAUUCCAAGCUCUCAUCUCCGGUGCCUCCAAUUGAAGAAGUACAGGAACCAGAUGAGGAUAUGGACAUACCUACACCACAACAAAGUGUGGAAACACCUUUUCAACAACAAAGAAUAGAUAUGAAUACUCAACAACAAAGACAAGAUAUGCCCAGUCUACAACAUGAGGUGGGUGUGUCCACUGAGCAGCAAAGAGUUGAAAGACCCAUUCAACAACAAAGACAGGAUAUGCUCAGUCAACAACAUGAGGUGGGUGUGUCCACUGAGCAGCAAAGAGUUGAAAGACCCAUUCAACAACAAAGACAGGAUAUGCCCACUCUACAACAUGAGGUGGGUGUGUCCACUGAGCAGCAAAGAGUUGAAAGACCCAUUCAACAACAAAGACAGGAUAUGCCCACUCUACAACAUGAGGUGGGUGUGUCCACUGAGCAGCAAAGAGUUGAAAGACCCAUUCAACAACAAAGACAGGAUAUGCCCACUCUACAACAUGAGGAGGGUGAGUCUACUGAACAACAAAGAGUUGAAAGACCCAUUCCCCAGCAAAGACAGGAUAUGCCCAGUCUGCAACAUGAGGAGGGUGUGUCCACUGAACAACAAAGAGUUGAAAGACCCAUUCCCCAACAAAGACAGGAUAUGCCCAGUCUACAACAUGAGAUGGUUGUGUCCACUGAGCAACAAAGAGUUGAAAGACCCAUUCCCCAGCAAAGAGUAACUGUACUUGCUCGACAAAAAUUAUUGGAUGUGCAUAACGAUCAACUUAUGGAAGAUAUGCCCAAUGAACAACAUCAGGCUGUUAUGCCUACUCAGCAAGAGAAAGUGAAUAAUGUUUCAGUUUCAACAGAGUUGUCCUCGUCUGAACUUCUACCAAGUGUCGGUCCAUUCAAUCAUGAAAUUAAAAAACAGGAUGAGGUAACAUCUACCAUUAAAACAAUACAACAAAAUUAUGAACCUUCAGCUAAAGAGCCCUUAUGUGAUGAUGUGGAAUAUGAAGUGAAACAUGAGGUUUGUAAUGUGUUUACCAUAAUAGGAAAAGAAAUAGUUUUUGUGAAGCACCGUGUUUCUUUCACAACUAAAGAAAAUCGGUACUUUUGGUUAAUGGAAGACAGAAGAACACUUUUGGUUGCUUGGAAGACAGAAGAACAGUUGGAAACAGUUGUUACAUGUUACAAAAAUGUAUUCCUUAUAGAUAUUCCACAUACUUUCUUUUUCAAGAACAAAUUUACCAUUUUGAAAUUUAAUGAACAUCCAGGUAUUUUCAUCUCUUGUAUAACUGAAAAUGGAGUAGCUGCCAAAGAUGGGAAGUUGAAAGUUGGAGAUAAAAUUUUGUCUAUUAACGGAGUGGAUGUUGAAGAUGCCCGUCAUGAUCAAGCAGUUAGCAUGCUCAUGGGACUGGAGAGAUUUGUCCGACUCGUUGUUCAGCGAGAUCACUUAGUCCCUAAAGAUCCCAGAGAACCAACUAAGGUUGUCUCUGAACCUACUGAAAAAUCUGCUAAAGUGUUCGGGAUGCCAAAGCCUUAUACCAGCCUCUAUUCUGCAAACUCAUACAUGGCCAACAGGCCAUCAUAUUUAGGCAGCUACAAAACAGAUGGACGCCCAAUGUAUUCCAUUUAUACUAAGUUACCUGGCCUGAGGAAUGAAACAAUAGGUUCAUCAUCGUGUCAUACCACCCAAACUACUACUAAUGUGACUAGUCCAGCAGUGCCCCCACUUUCUCACCCUACUGUUAUUACCACUUCCUCACAUCCACAACUCACUCAGACUACGUACACCAGCAGUCCAAUCCAGGGGCCUGAGAAUGUAAACCAUGUGCCUCUCUCAAGCAUACAAGAAAGGUUUUCUAACCCUCAAGCCCAGGUCAUGUCAGGUCAUUCACAUCAGUCUGAACCAGUUCAUUUACAAGACUCUGAUAUUGUGCAUUCACAACCACCACAAAUUUCAGCUUCUGAACAUUUUAACUUUGAACCUCGGGUACACUUAUCUCAUUCACAACCACCACAAAUGUAUGGCGAGUCAACCCAAAAUGUUCCUUCACACCCAUCGGCCACAGCAGUCUCAGACUUGGCUGAAACCAGUUCAACUCCUCGACUACCUGGUCCCCUAGUAACAGUUACCAUUCAACGGCCAGAUCCUCCCGUUCCAAUCGGACCCGAAUUUCCCCCUCCACCCAAAGGUCUUGGAACCUUUACAGAAACCAUUACUCGAUCAACGUACACAGAAACUGUUAGUACUCGAUUUACCAACAAUAUCCUGGCUCUACCUGCUCCAGUUGAAGAGGAUGUUAAACUCAUAAAAGCAGGAGGUCCCUUAGGUCUCAGUAUCAUAGGAGGUGCUGACCGUCCAUGCCAUCCAUUUGGUCAAGGCGAACCUGGAAUUUUCAUUUCUAAGAUUGUUCCUAACAGCACUGCUGCAAAGUCCGAAAAACUACGUGUAGGAGAUCGGCUGCUGAAGGUGAAUGGUGAUGACAUUCAGAAAGCUUCCCACCAGGAUGCUGUACUACGAUUACUUGAACCAACAUAUGAGAUGAUUCUUACGGUUCGACAUGACCCACUUCCCAAGGGCUGGCAGAACACGCUAUUCUUCGAACCUAUGCCAGUGACUGAAAUUGUGAUUACAAGAGAGUCCUGUGAAAAACUUGGUAUUUAUAUCAAAGGAGGAACACGGAGUCAGCCAGGAAAUCCUCUUGAUAUGACUGAUGAAGGAAUAUUUGUGGCCUGGAUUCAGCCUGAUGGAGCAGCAGCAAGAGAUGGCCGUUUAAAACAGGGAAUGAGAGUUAUAGAGGUGAAUGGUGUAUCACUUCUUGGUGCCUCCUAUCAAGAAGCAGUCCAUGCCUUAAAGAACACAGGUGAAUCGGUAGCACUGAUAGUUUCUGAUGGCUACAAUACAGCCAGUGUAGAGAGUCCAGUAAGUGAUAUAAAAUCGUCACAGUCUGUGUCUUCCAUAGAUCGAGAGGAUGAAGAUACUGCAGUUUUCAGACAGGAACAAGAAACAUUAAAAGAAGCUGCACACUGGGAGAAAGAGGACAGAGAGAAUUUGGUAUGA